AUGGGCUGCGGGUCAUCCUCGUUGAAAGGUGAAGCCCCCUCGAGUGGGCUUUCUGGCGAUCCUAGUCCACAAAUCAGGAAAGUCAACACGAAUUUCUCAGCAAUCAAUUAUGAAGGCAGCGACCAGAAGAAGCGACGGAUGACCGAGUACGCACCGCACGAGACGGUGCGUCAGCAGUCUCAUGCCUCUGGUAUUGACCCAGGUCAGUCAAGUGCAGGUGAUGAUAUCGGUCCAGAUGGAGCGACACUUCAGCCUUACCAAACAUUAGGUGACGGUCCCAACGAUAUACCACUGAAGGAUCAGAGCUAUCCGCAUGAGAAAAUGGCAGGUGGCGGCAGUGCUGGCUCCUCGCAAGCGAUGAACGGCGUCAACGGAACUAAUGGCGUAGACCCGACGUCUGGCAAGGCAAAGGAGGAAUUUGCGUCCACGAAUGAUCCUAUAAAUCAUCAGGACACUGGCUCUUCUUCUCUCGAGCCGCCAGUCGGCGACGAGAAGAAAAAGCGCGGAAGCUGGAUCGAUAAAUUCAAGGGUGGCGAGAAACGGGAGAUUUCUGACGAAGAAAUGAGAAAGGUGGGUAGCGAGUAG